AUGUUACGAUUAUUUCUUCUUACCGUUCUAUUUUGCUCCAUUGAUUUUCUGCGGGCAGCGACACCAUACAAAGACUGUGGUUCAACUGCAGGUACAAUUCAAUCAUUCGAAGUAACUGGCUGCACAACAGCUCCAUGCAAAUUUGCCAAAGUUAGCAUUCAUGGUGUCAUAGGUGGUAUUCCAGUUCCAUUUCCACUUCCCGAUCCAGACGCUUGUAAAAUGCAAGUCAAAUGUCCAGUCAAUGCCAAUGACGUUAACACCGCUGUUAUGACUUUACCAGUCUUAUCAUCAUAUCCAUCACUGUCACUCUAUGUUAAACUUGAACUUAAAGCUGAUGAUACCGGUAAUGAUUAUACAUGCUUACAAUUUCCAGCGACUAUUGUGAGUGGCUUGGCUCAAGAACGAACAUUAGUUGGCUGGAAAAAGGGCAAAUUAUUCGAAAUGCUUGAUUAG